CAACCGGCGACCAUCACUCUUUCUAAUUCCGACUCCUCUCUCUCUCGCUCUGGGCUCGUGCGCUAGAACCGGAGCCGGUGAUGCUCGCCGAGCUGGCAUCGAAUUGCUUCACUAGGAUCCCUGACUUAUUGUUCAGUAAGGCAUUUUCGUCUUUCGUAGAGUUUAAUCUACUUCGGUAUCAGUUUCCGGGAGUAUAUGGAUUGGAACAAGCGGAAUGUUCUCAGCCAACGGCCAACUGUCCAGUUUAAAAGAAAAGGGAGCAGCAACCAGAAAGGGAACUUGAAUAAUUCAAACCGCGAACAGUCUUCAGGAAAUGCUCAAUCCCUUGAGACUGUGUAUCGUAUACUUUGCCCCUCUAAAAAAAUUGGUGGUGUAAUUGGGAAAGGUGGUGGCAUAAUCAAGUCCCUGAGGGAAGAGACCCGGUCCAAGAUUACAGUUUCUGAUUCUGUUCCUGGCUCAGAUGAGAGAGUAAUUAUUAUCUUUAGUCCGCCAACCAAAAUUUCGAGGAAACAAAAUAGUGAUGAAGAUUCACAUAAGGCUGAUGAACAGAAGCCCUUGGAGCCACACUGUGCUGCCCAAGAUGCACUAUUGAAAGUUCAUGACAGGAUUGUGGAGGAAGAUCUCUAUGAUGGGGUUACAUUUGAUGAUGAUAACGAGAAUAUUGUUGUCACAAGACUUCUAGUUCCAAACAACUUGGUAGGAUGUCUGCUAGGAAAGCGUGGGGAUGUUAUACAAAGAUUGCGAAGUGAGACACGUGCAAACAUUCGUGUUCUUCCUGCAGAUCAGCUUCCUACUUGUGCAAUGGAUACUGAUGAAUUGGUGCAGAUAUCUGGAAAACCGGACGUGGCAAAAAAAGCACUUUAUGAAGUGUCUACUCUAUUGCAUCAGAAUCCACGCAAGGACAAACCUCCUUUGGGAUUGGCUAUACCUUUUGGGGGUCAGGGGUUUCAUCUGCGAGGAGCCCCAAAUAUGUUCCCACCUGGCAAUCCAAUAUGGCCUAAUAGAGAACCUUCCCACGGUAUGCCACCAAUGCCAUGGAUAGGAGAAUGUGAAAAUCAUUCCUCUGGAUAUGGUCGAGGAGGUUUUGAUGGUGAUCCUGCGGGGCAUGGGGUUGAAGCUUCAGCUGAGUUUUUUAUAAAGAUUUUGUGUUCAGCUGGGAAAAUUGGUGGGGUUAUUGGCAAGGGGGGUUUUAAUGUGAAACAGUUACAAGAGGAAACAGGAGCCAAUAUUCAUGUUCAGGAUGCAUCAACAGAUUCAGAAGAACGUGUGAUUCGUGUCUCUGCUUUUGAGGUGCUGCGGAUUCCGAGGUCACAAACAAUUGAGGCAAUUCUUCAGCUUCAAAACAAAGCAAGUGAAUUAUCUGAUAAAGGUACGAUCACAACUAGGCUUCUUGUUCCAUCGAGUAAAGUUGGCUGCAUCCUUGGACAAGGAGGACAGGUUAUUAAUGAGAUGAGAAGGAGAACCCAGGCAGAUAUUCGUGUGUACUCGAAAGAUGAUAGGCCUAAGUGUGCAGAUGAAGAUGAAGAGCUUGUGCAGAUAUCUGGGAACUUUGCUGUUGCUAAAGAUGCUUUGGCUGAGAUUACAUCAAGACUGAGAAUAAGAACACUGCGUGAUACAAAUGCUGGAGAAGAACAUGCUCCUGUUGGCCCUCCGCCUAGAUUUGGUCCUCCAGGAAGCUUACCUGUUAAAGGAAUGCCACCACCACUUAGUGCAGUUAGAGCUGGUAGCUCUGGUCGAUAUGACCAUCUAAAGGUUGGCAGACAUGAAUAUGAACCAGAGGGAUACCCGGUCCCGCCUGCUGCUUCUGGCUAUCAAAGAGUCAACAGAGCUUUGGACAGUAGGAUUCCAAACAAUGCAGUGGGUUCUUUUACUGGAAUAGGAGGGAGCGAUGUUUCCCAUAUUGGAGAGGUUCCACGACCAAGAGUGAAAUACCAAGACUCGCAGAGUGGUGGUUUUGAACAAGUUGCUGAGAUCCGUGGUUCUGAUCAGUUGAAUGCAGCACAGAAUAUCCUUCAGGCCCUCAUGGCUUCCAUGGGUCAAAAUGCUAGUGCUCAGCCUAGUUCCCACCACAAUGCGAAUACUCGGCAAGGCUCCUACCCCAACAUCUCUGAUCAUCAAAGCCCGUACCACAUCAAUGCUCCAAGAAGUCCAUACAGAGUGAAUGCUCCACAGAGUCCAUAUCGAGUGAAUGCUCAACGAAGUCCAUUCCAAAUCAAGGCCCAGCAAAUCCCCUACCAAACCAAUGCUCAGCAAAGCCCUUACCAUAUCAAUUCUCAUCAACGGCCUUACCAACUCAAUGCUCAGCAAAGCUCCUAUCAGUUUAGGGCUCCACAAGGACCAAACCCAAACAUCAAUGCUCCACAAGGUGCACACCAUAACCUUAGCUCACAGCAAGGUGCGUACCAUAACCUUAACUCACAACAAGGUGCGUACCAUGACCUUAACUCACAGCAAGGUGCCUACAAGUACGGACCCUGAUGAGUUCAGAGUUUCUGUAUCAUAGUUAUUCUAGAUGACUGUUGGUGUUAUUAGUGUAACCAAUAGUAUACGUAGAAGAUACUUCUAUUUUGCCAAUCUACUUUCGAGCUUUUAGGUCUCGCAUAAGAAACACUGUUUUGUGCUUCGGGAGAUUCUAACACCAAGGAAUUUAUGAUACUAGUUUGCCC